AUGAACACGGAUUGGGUGGAGGGACGCGUGCCGAAGAUCGACCUGCCCCGUCUGCGCAAGCUGUGCGAUGGGACGCUGAAGGAGGAGGAGGAGAAGCGCUACUGCUUCCGAUACCCGGCCAAAUGCAAAGGAAUCGGGGAGAUUUGGUGCCGGCUGGCUCAGAAAUAUGAUAAUGCCAUAUUCAAGUUGAAUUCAGAGGUGAUCAAAGUGGAUCCGAAGAGAAAACAGGUGAGUUUUCUUUACAAGGAAAGUGCCUCUAUGUGGUACGGAGUUUUCUGAUUCGGAAUAUGUAAAAAUUAGCUGCCCUAUUUUGCUUUGUAAGGGUGGAAAAACCCCUCAGAACUUUUCUCGCAACACCACGCAAAUGCCUUUUUGACCAAGUUUUUACCGAUUCAAAAGCGUUUUUUUUGAGCUAAAGUAAACCCUGGCAUCUUGACAAGCCUUACAAUAAAUAUCAAAUUUGGUUGAUACUACUUGAGGGACCUGAUCCAGUGGCAAAAGACGUACCUUUUUUCAUCCGGGAAGUAUCAAAAAUGUGGCAAAAUACCUCCCUUUCCAAGUGAAAAGACUACGUUUUGAAAUUCGCACCCUUUUCCCUCAAAUCUGAGUUUGUUCACUUGGGGAGGGAAGCAUUUUGCCACAUUUUUGAUACUUCCCGGAUGCAAAAUGGUACGUUUUUUGCCAAUGGAUCAGGUCCCACACUGUAGAAAUACGUUUUGUUCUUCGAAGGCAAUCCAAACUCGCGCUUUGCAGAAACAACCACGAUUUUUUAGUCGGAAGUUGACGGAAAUUAGAAGCCGUUUUUUUUCCAAAAUUGUACGUGUUUUGCCAAAGGAUCAGGUCCACCACUGUCGUAGUUCCAAUGUAAAAAACGGGGAUUUGCGUGGUGUUGCGAGAAAAGUUCUGAGGGGUUUUUCGCCCUUACAAAUAAAAAUUAGGCAGCUAAUUUUUUCAUAUUCUGAAUAAGAAAAAUUUUGCGUGUCUUGACCUGUAACCCCAUACCCCACAGAAGUACUUUUUAAUUUAAAAGCGAGAAAUUGGGUCAAAAAGCAAUUGAAAAUAAUGUCGCUGAUCGUGUCGCCGAAGUGAAAAGCACUUUUAUUUUGCCCCGACAUAAUUCAUUAUUUCCUCAUUGUCAGCGGUGAUACGAUUCCCUAUGCGAUAUGCUCAUUAUUUCCCCGACACAUUGAUAGUAAUCCCCCUCCCCAUUUUUUUAGCUCUAACGACUGUAUAAUAACUCUUUUGUCGUUUCAGCUCACCCUCAAAAACCUGUUGACGAACACAUCAACAACCGUUUCCUACCAGCGCAUGUUAUCCACCAUCCCCGUGACGCAACUCAACCUGCUCUCCGAGAACAUCAUCCCAAACCUGCGCCUGCGGCAUUCCAAAGUCGUCCUGGUGGGAGUGGCCCUAAAACUGCCGCAAAACGAGCUGGCCGCGAAGCUGAGCUGGGCCUACUACCCACGGCCGCAGACCUCCUUCUAUCGCUGCACCAUCAUCUCCAACUUCUCGGCGACAAUGACGCCGGACCCCACCAAAUUUUGGUCGAUCUUGUGCGAGAUUGGAAGGAGGCCGGAGGAGGAGUUGGACGAAAAAAUGAUGACGAAACAAGUCGUUGAGGAUCUGAUUGAAGUGGGCUUGGUCGACGAGGAAAACCAAGUUCAUUCCACGUGGUUUCAAGUGAUACCGUAUGGGUAUCCCAUACCGACGAUUAAUAGGAAAGCGGAAAUGGACAAAUGUCAUCGGAUUCUGGAGGAACAUCAGAUUUACAGCAGGGGAAGGUGAGGAUUUUUGUAACAAAGGGGGAGGUGACAUUUUAUAUGAUGAAAAUUUUGUUUUUUUUUCAAAAUGUGGGUGACAUUUUAUACGAUGAAAAUUUUCCUUUUUUCAAAAUGUGGGUGACAUUUUAUACGAUGAAAAUUUUCCUUUUUUCAAAAUGGGGGUGACACUUUAUAGGAUGAAAAUUUUACUUUUUUCAAAAUGUGGGUGACAUUUUAUACGAUGAAAAUUUAAUUUUCUUAAAUGUGGUGACAUUUUAUACGAUCAAAAUUUUACUUUUUUUCAAAAUGUGGGUGACAUCUUAUACGAUGAAAAUUUUACUUUUUUCACAAUACGACGUUUUGCAAAUUCCAAUAUGAAAAUUGGCUGAUUUUUGGCCAUAAUGCGAAGUGAAAUUUUAUACUAUAAAAUUUUUGCUUUGUUUUUUCAAAAGUCGUCAAUUUUAAUUUUGAAAAUUUGAAUAAAAUCUUUCAUCGGAUAACAUGUCGCCUUCCAUUUUGAAAGUUCAUAAAGUUGGUCUCAAUCGGGCAUACUUUCCGAAGUUGCUGUUAAAUUGAAAAAUUAUGUAAAAAAGUUCAAAACUAACUUUAUGAAAAUCUCAGUUUGUCGGGAAAAUAAUGAGCAACUUAUUUUUGACUAUUCCCACUUUUUCAGAUUCGGCUCUUGGCACUACGAGACGUCCAACCAGGACAAUUCCUUCGAAAUCGGGCGUUGCCUGGUCAACCGGCUGUUCCUGGACGAGCCCGAGCCUCCAUUCUGA